AUGUCACAGUUGAACUGCUGCGUCUUAAAGCACCACCCACCAGCAGCGCAUCGAUUGCAGUGCCUGAACAAGAUGUGCAACGACGAGUGCGGACGUUUGGCGAACGCUGCCGUCACGACCGCCGCCGCUGCUGCUGCCGUGUUCGUGGGUGAGUGCACUGUGCCCGAACAAAACGCCAUUAAAUUGGGGAGAAGCAGUUUGCUGCUCAAAUUAAACGCUUAA